AUUUUUAAAAACAACGUUUCUGUUCUUAUAAAACAACUGGCAAAUCAUAAAAUAUUUCAGAACUUAUGGAAUAAACAACAAUACCAAAUAAUUUACACACCGUUUCCUACAAAAUGUUAAUUAAAGUCCUACUCACCGCGUUCUCUAUUACAUUUUGUGCCUCACAGCAAGUUGAUAGUAAAAACAAUGUUGAAGAUUACAAAAUUAUAUCAAAAUUCAUCUCACAACUUGAUAAUAUUUAUAAAGUCGACUUGCACACUUGCUGGAAUUCACAAUCAAUUGUUACUAUUCAAAAAUUGCUUAAAAGUGCUAAUAAACAUCAAAACCUUGUGCAUAAAACACCCAAUGAUAUCUUGGACAAUCAACUGAUACAUAUUCUUGAUUUGGGUUGCAAUAACACAAUGGAAAGAUUGCAAUAUGCUAACCAAACAGACAUGUUUAAAUGGCCGUCCAAUUGGCUCAUAAUAGUUGACGACAUUUCUAAUUUCCCUCUGGGUUUGAAUAUAUUUUUGGAUAGUCGCGUUUAUAUUUAUCAAAAGGACGAUAAUGUCGUUCAUUCUUUGUAUCGACUUCCAACUCAGCGUGAUUACAUGUCUCAGAUUGUUUGUGUCGUCAAAAAUAAUGAACUACAAGCGUUUAAAUCAGUUUUAGAAUUUUCCGAUCGCAAAAAUUUGAAUAAAAAUAUUCUUGGCGUUGGAUACGUUACAACGUACAAUCAGUCAUAUGAAGAAAUAAUUGGGUUUAGAAACCUCGAGAGAGAUCACUAUGGUAAAUUCCAUGUGCAUUUGAUAUCAGCACUUAUAGAAAUGUUCAAUGCAACAGAGAUAUCAUACUUUGAACCAAGAUGGGGCCGACCCCAAGGCAACACAUCAAACUACGACGGUUUAUUCGGUCUGUUCCAAAAGGGUAUCAUCGAAGUAGGUUCAACAUGUGUUUAUCUUUCACGACAGCGGCACUUGGUUGUUGGUUUUGCCAACAAGUACAUUGGUGAGGGAAAAUUAAUUUUCCGCUCACCUCCACUGAGCAUAGUAAAAAAUAUCCUACGUAUGCCAUUACAAGAUGAUGUUUGGGGCUCAAUCGCCCUUUUGUUAGUCAUACAAUUUAUUAUUGUGCUUACGAUUGUCAAGUGGGAGUGGACAAAAGAAGCUGAAUUACAAUUGUCUACGAAGAACAAUGUACUACGUCCUCGUUUGUUGGACGUAGCACAUAUGCAAGUUGGUGCACUGUUUCAACAAGGUUCUGAAGCUGAGCCAAAGAGUGCAUCCGGCCAAGUUGCUACUCUAUUCCUGUUUGUUUCAUUCCUUUUCUUUUACACUGCUUAUUCCGCUUGUAUUGUUGCGUUGUUACAAUCCACAGCAAAUAAUAUAAACACACUGGAUGAUAUGAGAUUAUCUGAUAUUAAAGUCAAAGUGGAGAAUAUAUCUUACAUGCCUUUCUAUAUCAAAAAUGCGUUGAGUACAGACAUGACUGUUUCUUUCUACAAUGCUAAGAUUGCUCCUAAUGGAGCACCUGAAGAUGUGAAUUACGUUUCUUUGCAAGAAGGCAUUAUUAAUUGCAUUCGUGAUGAUUUCUGUGCGUUACUCGCUGAUGAAGAUCGCAUUUACAAAGAGAUAAAUAAAAAGUACACUGAGGCAGAGAAGUGUGGUUUGAAAACAAUGUUGUUCGCUCCGGCAAUUAAUCCGUAUGUUCCUUACCGGAAAGGGUCCGUGUACAAAGAAAUAAUUCGUGUGGGAUUGGCGCUUUUAAAUGAAAUUGGUAUUCGUAGACGUACCUUUUUGCGGAUUCUGACUACGUCUCCGAAGUGCGAGAGUGCUGGAGGAAUUUUCCGCAGCGUCAGUUUAACAGAUUGUUAUUUUGCACUACUAACUUUCAGUAUCGGGACCAGCAUCGCUGUUUUAAUCUUUGUUCUAGAAUUAGUUUAUGAUCGAUAUAAGCAUAUUCGUGAAUAACGGGUAAGAACUAAACCACGCACUUACACCACGUUUUGUAUACUGAAUAAAACAAGUUAAAACAUGUAAACUGCACCUUUUCGCUUUGGAUCAGCACGAAUUCAAAAUAAACAAUCGCAUCUCACUGAUUAGUUAUCGUAGCGGUCAAAACGGUUGGAUUUUAUUUAACAGAGUAAAUCCUAGCGACAGCUAGGAAAGAAUAAUAGAGCUACAUUUAAAAAUAAACCCAAAUUACUUCGAUGGCAUACGUGUGUAUGGUGGGUAGUUGCAUUUGGACGAACAAUAGAAUUAUUUUUAUUUUUAGCUAAAAAUAGUUUCGAAAUAUCAAAAUAUUGUUUCACGGAUAUCUUGUAUAUCCAGUAUUGAUUUUCACUCAAUUGAGUUAUUUACUCUUGUAAUUCAUAUAAAGUCUAAUUUAUUAUUAUAA